AUGCCUCUCGAAGACAAGAAUGCAGCACUGUAUGUGGAUGAGGAUGUGAAGUUUUCGGUCCGUCGACACCAGGAGAUCCCUUCCCCUGGCGACGGUGAACUUCUCAUUGAGACGCAAUUUUCUGGAACGAAUCCCGCCGAUCUCAAACAUGCCACACUCCUCGGCAUUUAUCCCGCUAUCCUUGGAUAUGACUUUUGCGGCACAGUGCUCAAGGCUCCUACCGGUUCGACAUUUCAUCCAGGAGAUCUAGUUGCUGGAUACACACCUACUGGGAUAAACCGACCGCCCAAAUACGGUACCCACCAGCGAUACUUGGCGUGUCCCGAAGACAUGGUCUUCUCAGUCCCUGCAGCACUUCCACCACACCAUGCUGCGAGUCUGACUGUGGUGGCUAUGACUGCUGCAGAUGCUUUGUAUAAUAUCUUCAAUCUCCCUCUGCCACAAGAGUAUGACGAUCAAGGGAAAACUACCAAAUCUUUGUUGAUCUGGGGCGCCUCAUCCAGCGUUGGCCUCUGUGCUGUCCAGCUCGCCCGUGCGAGUGGUAUCCAUCCGAUCAUUGUCACUGCCUCCCCGGAAAGACAUUCCCUACUACAGGAGCUCGGAGCCACUCACUGUUUCGACUACAAGUCUUCAAGUGUUGUUUCGGAUAUCAAAGCGACCAUAAAAGACUCUCAAUGGGGUCCACUGACAUGCGGAUUCGAUGCAGUUGGAAGCCAGAGGGGUGGUGUCAGCUCCGCGAAGCUAGUGGCUGAGUGCUGUUCGGAAGAUGCAACGCUUGUAUCUGUUGUUGUUCAAAGUGAUUUGAAAUUCAAAAUGCCUAUCGCCACACCUAACAGUGACGUGGUUAUCAAGGUCCAGGAUGUGCCGUUCCCGAUCACGAUCCCUGCAAGACCGGCUGAUUAUCAGCGUGCGUGGCGUGCGCUGAGCUGGGCUGUGGAGCAUUAUGGUGUGAAUUUCCGAUUGCCUUCUGUCGGUGUAUUCGAAGGAACGGCAGAAGAGGCGUUGGAGGAGUUGAAAGCGAUAGCAGAUGGAGGAAGGUUUGGGAAGCUGGCGUUGAAGCAUCCACUGCAGUAG